AUGGAUAUUUCCUUAUUGCCGGCUCACAGCAAAAACUGCCUCCAAUGUACUCAGCGAUGUUGGUCAGUGAUCCUCUCCAGUGUCAGGAAGGCGACGGAAUUCUCAAACUGA